UCACAGUAAGAUUAUCACUAUCAUCAUUAUCAUCUUCAUCCUUAUAAUCAUCCAUCACCACACACAUGAACUACUCACACUCACACUCACACUCACACACUUUUGAUCACCGAUCACCACCACAAUAACAACCUUCCUUAUCUCUAACAUGUCAUCACAGGGCGGCGCCGGUGGCUCCAGCCACCGUGUAAGCUCCACCAGGAAGAGAGAGCGACCCAUCAAUCCCACGGACCAAACCUCACUACUACAACUACUACUUCCACCUUCCUCUGUUCAGAAACAGAGCCACUUGAAACAGAGUCAGCAGAAUCAAGCUAUGGCAGUGGCAACUUUCCUCCCUGAUGAACUCGUUGUUGAAAUCCUCUCAAGGCUUCCAGUGAAGUCUCUUCUGAAGUUCAGGUGCGUGUGCAAGUCAUGGAUGUUACUGAUUUCUGAUCCUUACUUCAUCAAGAAGCAUCUCCACUUGUCAAAACAGAGCACUCUGUUCAACCAUCAUAGGAUCAUAUUGAGUGCAACAACCGCUGAGUUUCACCUCAAAUCAUGUUCCGUGAGCUCUUUGUUCAACAGCACAUCAACUGUUUGUGAGGACCUUAACUAUCCGGUGAAGAACAAGUACCGGCAUGAUGGAAUUGUUGGCUCUUGCAAUGGUUUGCUCUGUUUCGCCAUUAAAGGUGACUGUGUUCUUCUCUGGAAUCCUUCCAUCAGGGUCUCCAAGAAAUCACCGCCUCUGAAUAACAAUUGGAGACCAGGGUGUUUCACUGCUUUUGGGCUUGGGUAUGAUCAUGUCACUGAGGAUUACAAGGUGGUGGCUGUGUUCUGUGAUCCUAAUGAGUUCUUCAGUGAAUCUAAGGUGAAAGUUUAUAGUAUGGGAACAAAUUCUUGGAGGAAGAUUCAGGAUUUCCCUCAUGGUGUUUCACCCUAUCAAAGCUCUGGGAAAUUUGUAAGUGGCACUCUCAAUUGGGCUGCUAAUUACUCUGUUGGUGUGAGUUCUUUGUGGAUUAUUGUUUCUUUGGAUCUUCAGAAAGAAACAUAUAAGGAAAUUCUGCCACCUGAUUAUGAAAAGGAAGAAUGUUCAACACCUACUUUGAGUGUUUUAAAGGGAUGUCUCUGCAUGAAUUAUGAUCACAAAAGAACUGAUUUUGUUGUGUGGAUGAUGAAGGACUAUGGAGUGAGAGAGUCUUGGGUGAAAUUGGUGACAAUUCCUUAUUUGCCUAAUCCUGAAGAUUUUUCAUAUUCAGGGCCUUAUUUCAUCUCAGAGAAUGGUGAAGUGCUGUUGAUGUUUGAAUUUGACUUGGUUAUGUAUGAUCCAAGAGACAAGUCAUUUAGGUAUCCCAGGAUUGAGAGUGGGAAGGGUUGGUUUGAUGCUGAGGUCUAUAUUGAAACCUUGAUUUCACCAAUGAAGAUUUAAGGUUGGUGUGCUAAGGAAGAAUAAAAAUGAAGUGAAGUAUUUUAAAUCCUUCUCUAGUUUUCUCUGUGUUUAUAUGCUUUGCCAUUAGAUGUAUUAUAUGUUUCAGAACUGAGAGGCAAAUCAGUGUAUAGAUGUUGUUAAGAUUUGAUGAUAGGUUCAUCUAUUUGUGUGUAUGAGAAAAUUCUAGUAUGAAAACAAGUAUAUGCUCUCUUGUAUUAUGGUAAGAAGCAUAUAAUUGGUGACUCAACUUCAAUUCUGUUGAAUUUCUGAAUGAAGAAUCUAUAGGCUUUUAUGAA